CAGACCUCCUUCCUCCCCCACUAGGGAGAGGCAUUGACCAGCGGGACAAGGUGUGUUCAGCUGCAGCUUUUCUCCCCUCUCUCUUCUUUUUCUGUGUUUGAAUGGAGAAGCUGGGUUCCCCGGAACCUGCACACCCUGUGCCGGGUGCAGGGCCUGUUGCUGGGGUUUCUGUUGCCAAGACGGCAGGGGCUGAGGGAGACGAGGCAGCGGCGGCGGUGAUCAACUCCAAACUGUUUCGGUGUGCGUGUGUGGGACGUUGGCUACCACUGGCCUACAGAGAAGAACUCUACCACAUCUUACGGCUCACAGGCCCACUGCUGCUGUCUCGGAUUCUGAACUUCCUCAUGCCGUUUGUUAUCACCAUAUUCUGUGGUCACAUUGGCAAUGCAGAACUGGCUGGAUACGCACUGGCCUCAGCGACCAUUAAUGUGACAACAACAUCAACAGGCUAUGGCCUCUCAUUGGCUUGUGACACACUCAUUUCUCAGACGUUCGGCAGUAAGAACUUGAAACGAGUGGGAGUCAUUCUGCAAAGGAGCACUUUGAUCCUGGUGCUGUUCUGCCUGCCCUGCUGGGGCCUUCUCAUCAACUCUUACAACUUGCUGCUCCUCUUGCACCAAGACGAUGAGGUGGCGAGAAUUGCCCAGCUCUACAUGAUGGCAUUUAUACCAGCUGUCCCAGCCAUGUUCCUGCACCAGCUACAAGUUGCCUACCUACAAAACCAAGGGAUCAUUCUGCCGCAGAUGUACACAGCAGCAGCAGCAAACCUUUUUAACCUGGGGGCCAACUAUGUCUUAAUCUUCAGCCUUGAGCUGGGAGUUGUUGGAUCGGCUAUUGCUAACGGCCUCUCUCAGGUAGCGAUCUGCCUGCUGUUGUUUGGCUACAUCAGAUGGAAAGGGCUCCAUAAGGAGACAUGGGGAGGCUGGUCCACUGACUGUCUGCAGGAGUGGGGCUCCUAUAUGAAGCUGGCUGUUCCCAGUGUGUUCAUGGUCUGCUUUGAAUGGUGGAUCUGGGAGAUUGGAGGUUUCCUUGCUGGUGUACUUGGAGAGACGGAUCUUGCUGCCCAGCAUGUGUUGUUGGAAGUAGGAGCCAUUACAUAUAUGUUCCCUCUAGGUAUCCAUGCAGCUGCCUGUGUGCGUGUUGGGAAUGCUCUGGGAGCCGGGAACACCUCCAGGGCCCUUGUCACCUGCAAAGUGGUCCUGGUUCUGUCAGGAAUGCUUGCUGUGCUCCAGGGUAUCAUCAUCGCUGGCUCUAAGUCCGUCAUUGGCUACAUAUUUACUACUGAUGAAAACAUUGUGCAGAUCACCUCAGAGAACCUCACAAUGUACACAUUUCUACAAUUCUUUGACGCACUCCUGUGUGUCUCCUCAGGGAUUCUUGUGGGAAGUGGGAUGCAGAAAAUUGCCGCCUUGUCCAACCUGGUGUGUUACUACUUCAUCGGUCUGCCAGUGGGAAUAGCGCUGAUGUUUUUGGCCAAGCUCAGAGUAUUAGGCUUCUGGGUGGGCCUCUUUAUAUGUAUUGUCUUGGAGACUGGUUUCUACAUCUUUAUAAUCUUCAGACUAAACUGGAAGAAAGUCACACACAAGGCUCAAGUGCGGGCUGGAAGAAAAUUGAUGUCGAUACCAAUGUGUCCUGCGCAGACAGUGCUGAAUGAAGCAAUGGUGUCUGACAUCUCUGAUGGCCUGAAUACAGCUCAGUUGGACAGUGAAGAAGCCCCUAACGCCGAAGGCUACAGUCCAGUCAUCACUCAGGAUCAGGACCUGACAGCAGGCCUCGAGGCUGUGGCCAACAACACAAAUACAGGAGGAGCUGAGGGGGAUGCUGAGCAGAGCAGAAAGACAUCAAACGCCAAAAUUCAAGUGCCGCUUUCAGUCACUCAGCUGAUCUUGCGGCGGGGACUCACCUUCACGGUUUUAGUGGUCAUUUUGGCCAUAGGUGUCGCUUUCCAUGUUGCAUAUCCUGCACCUGAGCCAUCCGCCCACAGCAGGUCCAACUUUACCCUGAACAUGGCUAAUGACUCCACUCCUACACCACUGGCUCCGCUGUACCUGACCCAAAACCUCUGAGCUGUCUUUGACCUCUGAAUGUACGCAUCUAGUGGCUGAACACAGUUCUCACAAACUGAUAUUUACAUCUCGGAGAGAGAGAAUAUCAAAUUCAUAGUUUAUUCAUCGACCUGGUUUGUUAUUUUGUAAAACUACAGCCUGACAUGGGCUACUGGAUUUGCCUUGUGUAGAGAACAAUACAUCUCAGUGCCGCACUGCUGAGCAAAUCCACAGAGAGCUGGGAGCAAUAUCAAAUGAGACUGGCAGGAUGAACAAAGGUCUUGUUACAAAGAUCGUGUUUUAACCUGCUCAGCCUGAGAUGCUCAGCUGGGACUACAAGACACAUUAUAAACCCCUCACUAAGAGACCGCGUGGUUCCUCCACACGUAGCUUUUGAUUUUUACACUUAUUCUUGUCUUGAUUUACAUGUUGCACUGUGACAUAUAUCUUCUUUUACUGACCUCAAAUCAUUAUCUUGUUUUUAAGCUGUAAGUGUAAGAUUGAGUAUAGAUAUGUGAUGUGAAAUUUACAUGUUUUCAUGUAAAUAUGAGCAGACUACACCAACACAGUCUCGAAGAAAUACAUGAGCACAACCUCAACAAUUUCUUAUGUGGUGGUGGGCACAAAAUGGGUUAAAAUUACGUGUUGGCAACAAGAAAACAAUGACAAUGCAAAGUUUAUUAUGAGCGGCUGCAGUUUUGUCGUGUGACAGUCGCAGUUUGGUUAGGUUUAGGGAAAGAUUGUGGGUUCGGUUAAAAUAACUGACCUUUGGUUUCACAUGGGACACAAACAGCAGUGUCGUGGUUAAAAGUCUAUGUUUGUUUGACCCAUCCAUAAGAGUCCUGCAGGGGUCCCUUUUUGAAAACCGGCUUUAAAAAAAAAAAAAAAUUACUGCGGCUUGAUAACAGUGAUUAAGAUGUCAAAAAAUUACACACAUACUGCACAAUCUUUUUCAUUGGUUUGUUCUGACAUGAACAUAAACAGAAAUAAAAAAUAUAUUUUUGUUCUUGUGUUGCCAGUACAUAAUUUUAAGACAUUUCAUGCCCACCACCAAGUAAUCCAUUAAGACUUUGUGCAUGAGAACUUUGUGCAUGUACAUCUCACCUAUUUCUACGAGACUGGGCUGGCUAUACAUUCCUGCAAUGUCUUCCUGGAUCACUGUCACUCAGCCCUGGGAUUCUCCAGGACAGAGGUGACUGAUGAAUAAUAAGUUAGUUAUCUUUUUACUGUAAAUCUGUGGCCAAUAAUAUAGUGUACUGCCAUGUGAUAGGACCCUAAUCAAUAAAAAUGCUUUUUAAAAUGUAUAACAAUGAAAUUAACUACAGGGAAGCCAAAAUAUAUAAUUUCCCCAUUGAAUGUUUUAGAGUCUGUGAUCUGAGCUGCAGAAACAGACUGAACUCUUCUUCAGGUUCUUUUAAAUAUGCAGUUGAAGGGAUGAAAUUCAAACUAUGUUGCCAGGAUCAGAAAUUAAAGCACCAAUUAAUGCAGGCUGUUCUCAUGCACUGUUUGUAUCUAUACCUACGAAAAGUAAUGCACCAGAAUUUGUAUAUAAACAGCAUAAUCAUGAGCCAAUAAUUCGUAUUUAACACAAGCAAUUGGAAAGGCUGUGACCACGUGACCAGCGCUUUGGCGGAUGGGAAUAAAGAACUUAGUAGUAUAAAGACCAAAAGUCCGCAUGGCAAGGAAGGUUGGCAUGGUGAGUGGGUCAAACAAACACAGGACACUUGUGCCUGUGUCCCGUGUGACACCAAGUGAACUUUGAGUUGUUUUAAGGUACUUCGUCACCAUGUUUCUUUCACUAAAGCUAACCUUCAUACAUUUACAUUAAGUACAUACUGUGAAGACGCCAUUGGUGGGGUGCUAAUUCUUGGAUAUCAUACGAACCGUUGUACAUGGACACGUUGAUUUUUGAGGUCCUGCUAUUGACAUUGUAGUAUCCAAUGUCCAGAGAAUGCUACUCUUGUUCCUGCUAGCAUGUAGCUGCCUCAGUAAACAACUUUCACUUGGUCUUAUUGAAAAAAAAUUCUACUUUUAUGAGACAAACAUUGUGUGAAUAAAACUGCACAAACAGAAGAUGUGCCAAACUUA